AUGGGAAACGAAAAUAGAGAUGUAGCACCGUUGGUGUUGAAAUUUGGGGUGCCAUUAGUAGUGUCUUUUGGUGGAAUCAUAUUUACUUUGAUGAUAAACAAAAGAUGUAAAGCUUCACAAUCCUCGCAUGAUCCAUAUAAACAUUCAGAUGAUUGCAAAAAUCAGGUGAUUUCAAGAAGAAAAUCACCAAGUUCUCUACAUUUUGAUCCUUUGGAAAAUCAUGAGGAGUCCCAUCAAAUAAAAAUUCCUGCUUAUGAAGUGUUCAAAGGAUAUUCACGAUCCGCGAAGGAUACCCAUGAGCAGGAGAUCAAAAGUCUAAGAAACACGAUUAAAAUCCUUAAAGAAAGAGAAAGUAACUUGGAGAUGGAGUUGCUUGAAUACUAUGGUCUCAAAGAGCAAGAAACUGCAGUCAUGGAACUUCAAAACCGUCUUAAACUGAGUAACAUGGAGGCUAAAAUUUUCACACUCAAAAUAGAGUCUUUACAAGCUGAUAAUAAAAGAUUAGAGACACAAAUGACUAAUUAUAAGAAAGUUGUAGCAGACCUUGAGGCUACACGAUGCAAAAUAAAAGUGCUCAAGAAGAAGCUUAAAUCAGAAACCGAACAACACAAAAAUGAAAUAUUGGAUUUCCAACAACGAGUUCAAAAAAUGCAGGAUGAUGAACAAAAAUGGGAGUUAAGCCUUGAUAAAUUGAAGGGUUUGGAAUCGGAAGUUGAAGUGUUGAGAAAAUCGAACCACGAUUUGUUGCUAGAAAAUGCUGAUUUGGCUUGUAGGUUGGACUCUGCUCAAAUCCUUGCUACAUCAGUCUUAGAAGAUGCUGAAACAGAAAAACUUAAAGAGGAAAUUAAGAACUUAAAGAAACACAAUGAAGAGUUAUCAAAGGAAAUUGAGCAAAUCCAAGCAGACAGAUGUGCUGAUGUAGAAGAAGUUGUUUAUCUUAAAUGGAUUAACGCAUGUUUAAGAUACGAACUUAGGAAUUAUAAGCCCGGACCUGGCAAAACAACCGCCAGGGACCUUAGUAAAACAUUAAGCCCCAAAUCAGAAGAGAAAGCCAAACAAAUGAUCCUAGAAUACGCCAACAAAGAAGGUGGCCGAGAAAAGGGUAUUAUUAAUAUAGAAGAAAUUGACUCAGGUAGAUGGUCAACUUCACAAACUUCUGUCAUCACUGAUUUUGGGGAGUUUGAUGAAUCCUCCUUUACUACUGAUGAUUCAUCACUUCAAAAAAGCAACAAUAAGUUCUUUGGAAAACUGAUGCGAGUGUUAAGAGGAAAAGACGGUCACAGUAGUCCUAACCCUCCACGCCAUAAUCAUAGUAGGAGUUCCUCGUUAGGAAGAUCCGAGUCAGGUGGGGAUGACAUUAUUUCUUGUGUUUCACCUGAGAAUCAGAAGUUGAAAACACCAUUAGGAGGCUCUAAAACAUUGACACAUAGGCACAGUGAUUCGAGUUUCUAUAAACAAAUUGAUUCUGUUGCACAAAGUGGUCGGAGCAGCAUCAGCAGGAGCAGUCGUGGUGGUAGUCGUCGUUCAUCGUCUUCAGGUGGUCAAAAAUCAGAGCUAGCGAAAUAUGCAGAAGCUUUGAAUGACUCUCGUUCAACAUCUAAUUUCAAGUCACAUAAGAGUUCCCCAUCACUUUGUUUCUUUUGA